CUUCCCUUUAGAUUUUUUUUUCCCUCUUGUCUCUCUCUCAUUCUCUGUUUUGUCGCGAGUGAGGCCGAAAUUAUAAGAGAGAUGAGGAAGACACGAGUCGUUGCAGAAAUUCCAUGCGCGAAACUCAUGGUGCAACGCCCUUCCACGCUCCCCCCUCACGCCUCCUCCUUUAUAAAUACCCUUUCUUUUCCUCCGCUUCUUUGGGUUCUUCUCUUAACGUUUCGGUGCUCCUCUUGCAUCCUCAAUUGGCGGACCAUAUAUUAAUGGCUUUUAGUGGGGCGCAGUUUAAGUCUAGAAUUGGAAGUUGUGAUCCAAUACAUGUCUAUCGACAUCAACGAAGGGAAUGGAAGGAACGCAUAUGUGGAAUUGCUAAAUCAGUUUAUGUGCCAUCAUCGCAAAGGAAAUUGUUUGCGUCUCACUUAUACUCCGGGAGUCAACGAUCACUGCCUUUGAGGGGAAUUAUUAAGGUUACAUGUUCCCAGGGAAAUUCCAUUGCUCCACCAGAGACCAAUGAAGAUUCUGAUUACCUAAGCUCGUUUAUGAACACGAAUGAAGUGGGUUCCAUCACAAAGUUUAAGAUGUCAGACUUUGUACUCUGCAAUCAUGUCAGUAUCGGACUGGCUGGCAAGGGGGAUGAGGUGAUUUUUGAAGCCAUAGUGAGAGAUUCUCACAGUCCUCUGUAUAAUUCAAAAGUUGUACUUCGACAACUUGCUAGUUUUUAUGCACAGCGUCGAGGAAGGCGUGCCCUUGAGGUCCUCAAGAAGCUUGCUCGACAGAAGCUUAUGUAUCAUUCAUACGCAAUGCAGGUCCAUGGUUUUGUUUCACCAUCCAAUGGUGUUGAUCAUGGCUCUUUCACUCUGGUCCAUGGAUAUCAUGGCAGCUUUUCCCUUCAGCAUUGGCUUCAACAAGCAGAUUGGCUUCCAACCUUAGAAGCAACUCUGGCACUGGAUGAAGAGUGUGCAAGGCGAGUUGGUGAUGCCACAGUUGGGGGACCUGCAGUUUCUCGUCAGCUGAGACUUAUUAGGAUUUUAAUGAGGGAUCUUUUGAUUGGUGUGAAUUAUUUGCACAGCCAUGGGCUUGCUCAUACUGAGUUAAGAUUAGAGAAUGUGCACAUCAGCCCAGUGGAUAGACAUGUUAAAGUAGGUAUUCUAGGGAAUGCUUCAUACUUUCAUGAUAGCGAUCCACUUGAAAGCAACAUUGAUAGAAGGCAAAUGAUGAUUGCAUUUGACAUAAGAUGUGUUGGGUUUAUGAUGGCAAAAAUGGUGUUAAGGGAACUCAUGGAUCCUUCCAUCUUCACUAAGUUCAAAUCAUUCUUGACAAAGGGAAAUGAUCCAUCAUGCCUACGUGAAUUUCUGUUGCCUCUCUUAUCCCAAAAUUCUCCCUCUGGAAAUAUUGGAUUACAGAUGCUAGAUAGGAACUGGGGUGCUGGAUGGAACCUUUUAUCAUUGAUGCUAGCAACAAAGCCUGCUGUCAAAAUCAGCUGUUUAGAUGCAUUGAGGCACCCUUUCCUAUGUGGUCCAAGAUGGCGGGUUGAUCCAUCCAUGGAACUUAUCAAGUGGAGCUUGGGUUCGAUGGCUGUUAAGAUUACAGAGGAAUACAUAUACGGUCUUUCUCAGCGGAACCGGUUGGCGUACUUCAUUGAACUGUUGGAGAUGCUCAACCCUUAUCCAAAGCUCAAGAACUGGCCAAAACUCCUACCGGGCACAUGGCGGCUUCUAUACUGCACCGGAACACACAUCGGCCUCACCCUCCGCCAAGCCUCUCCCUCUCUUCUCAUUGGAAAUGCCUAUCUCACCAUAACCCCUUCGGCUGUCCCUGCUCUCACUUUUUCUCUCUCGUCAAACAUUGACUUUACCCUAAUGCCCCAGACUUGGUGGCCCCAUAACAAAAAGACCAACUUUACCGGAAAGCUAAAAACAUCUCUCAGGACAACGAUAACUUCAGGAAUCAGGCACUAUCUUGACGAAUCUCUUUCUGAAAAAUCGGGGCUUCCCUUACCGGAAUCUCAAGAAUCAACCGCCAGGAAGUCAGCAAAGUGGGGUAGGCAGGGCCCGUUUAGCCUGCCUAUUGCUAGAGUGGUCCCCGUAGAGGAGCUGGUGGUGGGAUUGGAGUUGGGUUUUUCACCAGAAAAUGAUGAAACUGGGGGAAAAAUUUUAAAGGAAGUGAGAUUGCAGAUCCCACCUGAGAUGUUUGAUUUGUCAAAAAUUACGUGUGGAACCUAUGUUGAUGAGAGAUUAUUGGUGUUAAGGGGAGUGUCUGGUCUUGCACUGCUCUUUACAAGGUCGUUUCCUGAUCACAGGUAACUGUGAAGAACAUUUGAGCAGAAAAUUUAGUUACCAUGGUUUUUUCUUCUUAUUCUUUCAAGGUAUAUGAUUUUAAAUGAUUGUAUGCAAUUUAAUGAAUGUAAAUCAAUGAAUGUUGGUGUUUCAUAUUGUAAUUUAAAUGAUUGUAUAUAUGAUUCUGAAUAUGCAAUUGGGAAGAA